AUGGUGGACGUGAGGGAAGGGUUCUGGAUCCGGAGGGUAGCUUUCCCAGACGCGGUGGUGCGAUCAAGAUCAAGGCGUGAGCAGAGCUUGGUGUUCACCACCGACAACAAGGAGAACAUCCCCCCAUCGAUGGUGGUGACAGCCCGACACCGUGUCGGGAGAAGGAAGAGUCCUCUACCGAGUUGGUACCCUAGGACACCUCUCCGUGACGUUACGGUGGUCGUCAAUGCCUUGGAGAAGAGAAGGAUGCGUGCGACUGCAGCGAGGGUCAAGCGGAGGAACAGAAACCGUGAAAUGAAAGAGCCGGAUCAGACAUCACUCGGUGAAGCCCUCUCAUCCGAUAUUUCUGAUGCCUUGUGUGUUUCUCCAAUCGGACAUUCGCUCCAAAACCCUUCCUCCGGCCUGGUCUCCGUCUCAACCGAUCCAUCGACAGAAGAAAUGAGACCUACUGAAUUCGAGGGGAAACUGCAGAGCACCAUUGCAGAGAUGGAAAGGCUCGUGCUGAGGAACCUGAAGAUGUCGCCGGGACCGCAUGCGAAGAUGAAGAAGCCCACACGCACUCUCCUGUCGAUGCGGUGA